AUGUUGUGGAAACACUCGCUAUCCCAUUUAUAUUUUCUAAUAUUUUUAAGAUUCAUUAGUUGUUGUCAGUGUAAUGCUAAUACUGUGACCCAUAAUCAAAGUGAACAGAAUCUAAAUAUAGAGAAGAGACAACUGGAAUUCGAUGAUUUUGCUACAACAGAACUGAUUGAGAAUAUCACAGAAACGAUUUUCUUUGAUUCAUCAUCAACAUCGCAGCAUCAGAACGGAUCAGAGACGAAUGAAACUACUACUGAUAUAUUUAUUGAGACCACAAGUGCCGAAACAUUAGAUAAUGAUCUUGAAAAGAAAGAAAGGAACAAAGAGAAGACUCCCAAAGAUAAUGCAACAACCACAGAAGCUACUUUUAGUAGUGGAGAGUUAAUUGUAGAAGCAACUGAGAAUAAUGUUGAUUUUAAUGAACUUUCUUCAAUAGACUUAGAUUUUGAAAACACAACUGAAAACGUAACUAAGAAAAAGAUGAAGAUAGUGAAAAGUUCAUCGAGAGAUUUGAUUAAGAAAUGUCGACACUACAAGAAAGGGAAUUCUUUUAAUUUAUCGAAGAUGGCCGACAUUUGGCAAGUAGCGUACUAUCGAUUGCCGAAUAAGUUGAAAUGCUUUAAGCUGCAUAUAAAGAUGGUGAAGUUCUUGGAGCAACAGCGCUAUGCUUCAAUAUUUGGUAGUUUUAAUGAAACAGUCCACUGGGAGAAAUGCUUUUUGGAAAUAAAAUCUAGUGAAAAAUUGGAUGGAGGGUCGCGCAGACACUUUCUACAAGGCACACAGAGUGAAAAAGGCGUGAUGGACAAUAUCAUUAUCGAUGAAGAACAUUGUCAAAACACAACCUAUUUAACUCUUCACCGAGAAAGUGGUGACCAGUGGCUGGUGAUAAAGAAUCUGCUGAUGAUGAGAGACUGUGACACUGGUGACCUCGUGGUCUUCAGCAGAGUACCUUCACGACCUAGAAAACAAGAGAUCUUAGAUGCGCUAAGAAUCUUUGGAGAGUACAAACCCAAUGGCACUAUGGCAUGCGAAGAAAAAGCCGAGAAAUCUUGGUUGAGGUACCAAGAAGAUACUACUGAAGUCCAUUCUGAAGACGCUUAGGGUUCUAAAAGAAAACAGUCGUAAGUUUAAGGUCAUCUGUUGGUAAAUAACUUUCUGGUGAAUAUACUACAGAUAAAAAAUAUUUCUUCUGCACAGACUGGACUUGGACAGAUUUUUGCUCUCUCUAAAAAUUUGAAGAAAUGUUAA